GGCGCAUUUUCUUGCACUGAGCAAUGCGGUGUCGCUGGCGGGUGAGGAGGGUGGAGAGUGCUAUCGUGAAGUGAGGGGAGGGAUUCAUGUAGGCAUCCGGGGGAGCCUUGUUCUGAACUAUAAGGUGGGAAGUUGAUGCUGGGUACUGCUACUCCCGGACCCCCGGCGUGAAAGUUGUGAUAUCAUCCUCGAACCGCUCAUGAUCCUAGAGACCAAAUCAUUGUCCCAAGAAGCAGAAGAAAGUAGACAAAGAUCAGCUUUGAAAUCAAAAAACAAUGGAGAAGACCCAAGAAACAGCCCAAAGAAUUCUUCUAGAACCUUACAAGUACUUACUUCAGUUACCAGGUAAACAAGUGAGAACCAAACUUUCACAGGCGUUUAAUCAUUGGCUAAGAGUUCCAGAAGACAAGCUACAGAUUAUCAUUGAAGUGACGGAAAUGUUGCAUAAUGCCAGUUUACUCAUCGAUGAUAUUGAAGACAACUCAAAACUCCGUCGUGGCUUUCCAGUGGCACACAGCAUCUAUGGAAUUCCAUCUGUCAUCAAUUCUGCCAAUUAUGUAUAUUUUCUUGGCCUAGAGAAAGUCUUAACCCUUGAUCACCCAGAUGCAGUAAAGCUUUUUACCCGCCAGCUUUUAGAACUCCAUCAGGGACAAGGCCUGGAUAUCUACUGGAGGGAUAAUUACACUUGCCCCACUGAAGAAGAAUAUAAAGCAAUGGUGCUGCAGAAGACAGGAGGACUAUUUGGAUUAGCAGUAGGUCUCAUGCAGUUGUUCUCUGAUUACAAAGAAGAUUUAAAGCCACUACUGAAUACACUUGGGCUCUUUUUCCAAAUCAGGGAUGAUUAUGCUAAUCUACACUCCAAAGAAUAUAGUGAAAACAAAAGCUUUUGUGAAGAUCUAACAGAGGGAAAGUUCUCAUUCCCUACUAUUCAUGCUAUUUGGUCAAGGCCUGAAAGCACCCAGGUGCAGAAUAUCUUGCGCCAGAGAACCGAAAAUGUAGAUGUUAAAAAAUACUGUGUACAUUAUCUUGAGAACGUAGGUUCUUUUGAAUACACUCGGAAUACUCUUAAAGAGCUUGAAUCUAAAGCCUAUGAACAAAUCGAUGCAUGUGGUGGGAACCCUGAGCUAGUAGCUCUAGUAAAACACUUAAGUAAAAUGUUCAAAGAAGAGAAUGAAUAAUAUUAAGCCAUUCUUGAUUAGGCCUGAUAGCCUAGUUGACUUUUUUUUUUUUUUUUUUUUUUUUUGUCUUUUAGCUUAUUACCUUUUUUAGAAUUUGGACCAAGCUGUUAGUCUCCAAAAACUGAGUGAUAGUGGUGAUGUGAGUGAAGUUGUUUCAAUAUAGAAUCCCCGCGUACAGAUAAUCAUAGUACCAAGUUGAAGGAAUCAGAAUGAGCCACGUUUAAAUGAGUCUAAUUUGAAUGUCAGAAUGUGCUGUGUUGGGACGUUGUGGCCAACUCUGCCAUGCAUGUUCUGUUGAUUCUGUCAAUAAAGAAGACUUCAGCUCCAGGAAUUUUUAUCCACAUACUUCCUAACUGUACUAUACGGGCAGUUCACAAUUCAUCUACCCCAUUUCCAAGCCAUUGACUACUUGGGACCAGUUUCUAUAGCUAGCUGGCCCAAAGACCACAGGAACUCCUCUUUCUUCCUAAAUGUCGUUGCUUAGAAUAGCUCAUUCUCCUCCCUGGAAACUCCCUUAGUAAAGUCUUCCAUGACAAAGCUGACAGUGACAAGCAGUAAGCGUUCUGGGCCUCUUUUCCUUCCUCCCAACCCAGCAAAUUCUGCUGUUUAUUUAACCAAGGAGUCUCCACUGCAUGAAAUUUACACACUAGCCCAAAUUCUUUUUCCUUCUAAUGUAACUUGUGCCUCAAAACUAAUUAGUAUCUGGGUACAGCAGUAUCUUUCCAUCUGUGGGGGGAAAAAAGGUACAUGGAAAAUGUAUUUUAGGAAGGAGCCUUUAAACCUUUUUAUACUGUCUUAUCGUUAGUAGUAAAAAUCAUAAAAGAGCUGUUUGCUCACAAGUACAAAAGCUGGGGGAACUGUCCUUUUCCUUCCCACCCGCAUCGUUAACCCCGCUGUAGGCAGUUGGUGCUUGAAUGGAAAAGGAAGUAGGCAUCUUUAAUCUCGAUGAUUAAAGGAAAGAAAAGUGUUAACCUGAGAGCUAGUGCCUGACUGAAAAUUAGCCAAAGGCUACACUAUCAGGCACAGUUAGCUUUAUAGUGCCUUAACCCUGACUAUCCCUUUUGUUUCAUUUUAAACCCUCAGCCCCUGGAGCCGUCUUACGUCUUACGGCACAAGAGGUAUGAAAAAAGAGACCCUGAUUUCUGUAUGAGAAGUGUCACUGACAUCCCAAAAUGAAAGUAUGUACUUCUCAGUAGCAUUACAUUUUGCUUGAUUGGUAGUACAGUGUGUUAUCUUAGAUCAAACCACCAUAUUUUUGUAUGAGAAAUUCUCACCAAAGCACUCAACCUAAAUCUUUUUUGAAAAGUUGUGUAUUGCCUUUACUAACUUUUAGAAUAAUUUGAAUCUUCCAUUUUAAUUGAUCCAAGGAAAGCUCUUCUGAAAAUCAUACAUAUUUGUGUUAUACUAUGGAUAUUUGAACUUUGUUUUGAUGAACCUAUAACAAACUUGAUAUUAAAAAAGAUCUAAUGCUAACUAUAUAGACAGAAAUGAAGUUAUUUACCUAUAAGUAUAAUGAUUGCUUAAGUAGAUUAUUUCUUACCUAAUCAAAUUAAUUUUGGCCUGGUGCUACUCAUGAUUCUUCUCUCAUUUUUCUUUUUUUUUAAAUUUAUUUUUGGCUGUGUUGGGU